CUCCAGAGCUCUGGGUCCUGACUGACGGAGGAAUGUGGGAAAGGCAGUCCGGUUAACGCACGCUUCCUCACGGCACGGGACGAAACAUUUGCCUAUUUGAACACAUCACAAAGAAGGACGCCAUUUGUGGACCGCAGUUACUUGUGAAAGGUUAUCGGACGCACGCCGCUUGGUUCUUCACAGACGGGAGAAAAGUUUGCAAAAGGGGGAGAACCCACACAGCUGGAGCCCGCAGAUGGAAAGGAGAGACUCGGUGUAGUAGUAGUAAUAGUGGUACAAAUUGCAGAGCUUUUCCAACAUGGACCCCGAGACACUGAGAAGGUGAAGUCUGCUGCCUGCUGUCAAAACUCUACGCAACUGUUUUUGGAUAUUUCUACUUGAGUACCCUGUGAUUUCUAAACAUUUAAACUCUCCAACAUGGCUUCCAGUCUGACCUGCACCGGAGUUAUAUGGGCCCUCCUGUCUUUGCUGUGCGCCGCUGCCUCUUGCGUGGGUUUCUUCAUGCCCUACUGGCUCUUGGGCACCCAGAUGGACAAGCCGGUUUCCUUCGGGACUUUCCGGAGGUGCUCUUACCCAGUUCGCGACGAGGAGAGGCAGGCUACCGUGAUGCUGGAGCAAUGUGGGAGAUACGCCACCUUUAACGGUAUUCCGAGCCCCCAGUGGAGGAUCUGUACGGUGGUGACGGGGGUGGGAUGCGGGCUCCUGCUCUUGGUGGCCCUCACAGCGCUCAUGGGAUGCUGUAUCUCCGACUUGAUCUCACGCACCAUCGGACGGGUAGCGGGAGGAAUACAGUUUGUGGGAGGGCUGCUCAUAGGAUCCGGAUGUGCCCUGUAUCCUCUGGGAUGGGACAGUGAAGAAGUGAAACAGACCUGCAGCAACAGCUCCGAACAGUUUAAGCUAGGCUCGUGCCAGAUCGGAUGGGCCUACUACUGCACCGGAGCGGGGGCGGCUGUGGCCAUGCUUUUGUGCACAUGGCUCUCCUGUUUCGCCGGCAAGAAGCAGAAGCAGUACCCAUACUAACACCACCCAUGGAACGGAACUCAGGAUCUACACAGUCUAUAUGUUACAAAAGGGAGAGGACUCACAGCACAGCAUCAGGCACCGCGGGCUAGGAUAGUGAGCGCGGUUCAGGGACAACAAUGCACAAACAGACACACAAGGCUUGGUUGGCUUCUUCUGGACUGUUCAUAAUGUAUGGACCAAUUGUAUUUGUAAAGUUGUUACAUUUCGUCAACAAAGCGAGUGGUGGUCUUGCUGGUCAUUGUUAUCUUUUGUCUUGUUCACACUGGAGCGGGCAGUACAGGAGAGGGCUGCAUGUAGUUAUAUUAUACCAAAUAAACAUCUACUAUUGAGAUGCAUCUUUGGGGAGUGUAACACUGCCAUCCGGUGAUUGUUCGACAGAAAAUUAUUACUGAGGUAGUGUUGUCACGAUACUAAAAUUUCAAACUCGAUUUCGAUACCUAGGAAUAGACUUGCCACAAUGAUAAUAAAAAACACUUUCUUUGGACAAUAGAAUGUGAUUUUUCAACAUUAAAUCAACUACUACUAUUUUUUUAUAUUUCCAUGUGGCCUUAUAUCUGUGUAAUCCCUCAGUCGUCCAGGUAGAUUCUGUAGUGGUCCAUACUAGUCUAUGUAGUCUUAUAAUUGUUCAUAAUUCAGAAGAUAUUCAGGAAAGGUUCAUUUCUGUCCUGUGAAUGUGAGUUUUUUAGUAUGAUACUUGCUCAAAUGAGUGUCUAGUUUCGAUAUUAGUUCAAGUAGUAUCUGGUUUUCAAUACUUUUGUCAACCCUAAUCAAAAAAUCACUAAUCUAUCCUAGCCUCUGCUCGAAGUGAGGCUGCCAAUAUGCACCGUCAGACCCUCUAACCACCACCGACACUCACGCACACCACACAUUCAUACUAGGCAAUAUGGGCGAAGUGUCUUGCCUAAGAACACAAUAACAGUUUUGACACCGGCACCCCACUUUCGCACCUGAUAUUCCUAGCGGUCUCCCAUUCAAGUACUAACCAGACCCAGCCUUGCUUAACUUCUGAGAUCUGAAGAGAGAUCAGGCUUUGACAAAGAGGUUUGGCCACAAGUAAAGAGUUAACUCAAGUAAAUUAUAUCAAGAAAACAUCUAAGGUGGGGUCAAUUGGUGGUAAAAAAGAUGGAGCUAAAACACUGCCAUCUGGUGAGUGGACACGAGAAAAAUGUUACUGAGGUAAAAAUGUAAAAGUGGAGAUUGAAUGUAAAUAACAGAUGUAUUUGUACUGUUCCUGUUUUUCAUAUAAUCACAGACAAAACAUUACCAAGUGUUGCAUAAGAAGUUACUUUUUCUUAGCUGUAUCUUUCGUUAGGUUGACUCAGGAGGACAACUGAAGGGUCGCAAUUAGCAAAUCACAAUGUUUGGAGUUAUUUAGGUGAGAUUGACCUUAUUCCGCCCCACCCACUUUUGUCUCUAAACGCUACAAAACCCCUUUUUCUUUGUGGUGGCAGGAAUCCAAUUCAUUCCAGUGGAAAAUAUCAUCAUGCUAUUUCAGGUUUUUCCUAAAUGUCAGUGCUCCUGAUUCAGAGCUCUGUUGCCCAGUUCAGGUGAGUGUUGUAAGUGAUGAAAUGCUUUUAAAAUAGCGACUCUCAACUGGUAAGUGGGUGGCUGAAUAUAAGUGUAAAAGCUAUCAUUUGUGGGUAUGAGGCCCGUCACAAUGAUUACUUUAUUAUCAACUCCAACAUAUGUUAGAUGGAACAAUAAUAUUUAUUUUAGGUACUUUUUCUUUGUAUUAGUGGGUAACGUUUUGUAAUUUUUCUGUUCUACAAUAAGAGCUGUGGAGGGUUGAAUAAAUAACUUCUAUGGCUCGUUAUAGACUAAACUAACUACUAAAGUUUCAUUCUGCUAUUUAUCCUGCUUUAGGGUUAGGGUUCAAUACAAACUGUACAAAAACAACAUAAUGAACAACAGGAAAUACAAUAGUAAGCAGUGACUAUGAGAGGUUAAAGGUCAAAAUGUCAGUGUACCCUAGACCCUAAUUUAAACCAGUUGUCGACAGGUUUUGGUGACAUCUUCUGUACCAAACCUGACCUCCGUGUGGCUCCCUGCUCCAGUCUGACUAGGCCUAUGUCACGUGUGUCUGUGAACAUAUAAUACUAUACUACAUCCUCUGUGUGAAGUGCUCUAUGUGUCUCAUUCUUGCCUUAAACACAAACUGAAGUAAUAAUGCAAUAAUUUCUGAAGCAAUUCCACACUGGCCGCUUGCGUUUAAUCCUCCUCCGAAAGUGUAGCCUCCUCCGCGUACUUUAUUUAACACAUUGGUAAGCUACAGUAUGUCGUGUAUGAUAAUGUAUUGUUAUCAUUAUAGCACAUGUUUUGUAUUCUCUUUUCUGUAUUUCUUUGUCAUGGUUAGGUUUUGUAAAUAAAUGUUUAUUGGACUUCUU